AAAUGGCGGUGGCCGGGCCUUAGCGGGGAUGGCGCCGAUAGCGGAGCUUCCUCCGGCUCCGCCGUCCUUAGCCCAGCUCAUGUCGGGCGGCGAGGAGAACGGGCUAGAGAGCAUCCUCGGAGGGCCGCUCCCCCCUCCUGAAGUGCCGCCGCAGGCCCUCGCUGCGGGCUUCUCCGCGGAGCCGCCCCUGCCCCAGCAUGGGCAGCAGGAGGAGGGCGAGGAGGUAGAGUCGGAGCGCUCGGAGGAUCACCUGGAGGGGGUGUUGGAUGCAGACACCGCUGCUGAGGGGCUCCACACCUUCGGCUGCUCAGCCCCUGGCACUGAGUAUGUUUAUCUUCACCUCUCGCUUCCCGGCCGCCAGCUGCGGGACAUCAGCCUCCUCUCCAGCUACACCCACCUGCAGAAGAUGGACCUGUCCUGCAACGAAAUCAGCGAUCUUUCCUGUGUCAGCCACAUGCCGUAUUUGGUAGAGCUGAAUGCUUCCAACAACCUACUGACCUCCUAUUUCAACUUCAAAGCGCCCAAAAACCUCAGGGAAGUGGAUUUUUCACACAAUCAAAUCCCAAAAAUGAAGGAUUUAUCAGAGUACCACUCGCUGACCACGCUCCUGCUGGAUUUCAAUGAGAUUGAGGAGAUCCGGGGGCUGGAGGGCUGUCCCAGCCUGGCCCAGCUGGGGCUGUCCCACAACCGGCUCACGGCCGUCGGCGGCCUGCGGGACCUGCCCGUCCGCCAGCUCAACCUGAGCUUUAACCAGAUUGAGAAGGUGGAUGGGCUGAAGAGCUUGAAAAAUCUGCAGAGGGUGGAUCUGUCCAACAAUAAAAUAAACAGUCUGCAAGGCUUGGAGGAGCAUGACCUGCUGGAGGAGAUCAACCUAGAGGAUAACCAGGUGGCUGAGCUGAGCGAGCUGAAGUGGAUUGAAGAUCUGCCCCUCCUCAGGGUUUUAAAUCUUCUAAAAAACCCUCUACAGGAAAAAGGCAGUUAUUGGCUCUCUGCAAUUUUCAUGUUGCUCCAAGUCACGGAUCUGGAUCUCAAAAAGGUCACGGUGGAAGAAAAGGUGGCUGCUGUGAACCAAGAGGCCCCUCCUCCAGAAGUCGUGGCUGCUGAAGACCACAGGACUCAUCUUCUGUACCACUCUCUGCAGCCCCAGAGCGUCCUGAACAGCACUUUGGCCUCUUGUGACGAGCCCUACCCCAUGCUGGUGUUGCUGGGCCCCGUGGCCGGGGGCAGGAGGCAGCUGUCUCUCAAAAUCUGCAGAGAAUUCAAAGGUUUCUUCAGGUUUGGGCCCUGCCACACCACCAGGAAAGCUUAUUUUGGGGAAGAGAACAAAUUUGAUUAUUAUUUCAUUUCUCAAGAAGAAUUUGACAAAAUGGUGAAAGCAGGGAAAUUCCUGACAACCUACAAAUACAGCGGGCACAGCUACGGGCUGGCACGAGACACCUUGGAGUCCAUAGCCAGGGAGGGGCUGGGCACCUGUGCCCACAUGGAAAUCGAGGGCGUCCGUAGCUUGAAGAACACCCACUUCAAACCCAGGUGCGUGCUGCUGGUGCCGAUGGACAAGGUGAAGUACAGGGAGCACCUGAGGAGGACAGGAUUGUUCAGCAGGCCAGAGAUUGAGGAGGCAGUGAGCAGGGUGGACAUGUACCUCCAGGUCAGCCAGGACUGCCCUGGCUUCUUCGAUGCCAUCAUCAACACAGAUGAGGUGGAUGAGGCACUCUCAGAGCUGACUCUCCUUGUCAAGGUCUACAUGGGCAAGGAGCCUCCUGACGUUCUGGAGAACCUUAAAGGCCUCAGUGGCCUGGCAGGUUCCAGGAAUCUGCUCUUCCCAGAGGAAAGGCCGGCUCCAUCCUAUGGUGACCUCUUGCACAUUUCCACCCAUAACUAUCCCCGGGACCUGCUGGAGAUGCUGACGGCAACCCCGGGCUCCCUGGAAGAAGCCUCUCUGCAGAGACGAUUCUCUGCAGCACGCAAGGUGCUGCUGGCCCACAGGUAACCUGGGCACUUCCUGCAAUUCCAGUCAUUCCCACUCAAACCCACCGAUGCCCCGGCCCGUGCCACCCAUGUCCUCGGGCUCCAGGACCACCUCACAGAGCAGGUGAGCUCACCUGGGCUGGGCGGGGCUAAUGACACCUUCAUCAUCAUCCUCAUCAUCAUCAUCAUCAUCCUUAUAGACCUGGGGGUGCAGGGUAAUUACACCUUUAUCAUCAUCAUCAUCCUCAUCAUCAUCAUCAUCAUCCUUAUAGACCUGGGGGUGCAGGGUAAUUACACCUUUAUCAUCAUCAUCAUUAUCAUCAUCAUCAUCAUCCUCAUGAACCAAUUAAACCUUCAUCAUCAUCAUCCUCAUGGACCAAUUAAACCUUCAUCAUCAUCAUCCUCAUGGACCUGGGGGUGCAGGGUAAUUAAGCCAUCAUCAUCAUCAUCAUCAUCCUCAUGA